ACAAGUGAUGCAUGUAGCAGAUGGACUAGUGAGAAAGAAGUUUUGACGGUUUUGACUUUUUGUUACUUGGAAUUUUAGUUAUCCAGCUCUGUGAUAUGUAUGAAUACGGUGUGGAAAGUAAAUGCUGGUGUUUGGUUUGUUGUAGAGUACAUAACACUGUAGAAAGACUUCGUAUUACUAGAAGUGCACCUUUUCUGCAAGUCGGCUGAUUACCUUUUGACGCUUUGUUGUAGAAGGUUUUGUUGAAUAUUACUGCAGCAGAUUGCUGUAUAGUUUUGACAGUAGCUAUAGUUACUACGUGUGCAUACAUGGCUGUAAAAAGGUCAGUGACAUGGUGACAUUGACAUUGUCCAGAGGCGAACAUCUUUUCAGGGCGAACUUCGUAGAUUUUUAAGAUGGCCAUUGAAGGAUUUCCCUUUGGACAGCUGUCAGCUCCACAAUAUAUUAUUGCUACUAGAUAUGGGAUGAAAGGUAAAGGAACACUGGAAUCACUGGUAAAGAUUAUCAGUGACGUAUAGGAUGUCCAUUUCCAAUGAUAACACUCCCUCUGCAUCGGAAAAUGGCAACGAACGACGUCGUCGUAGAGCAUCGUCAUUUCUUCACUUGCACAUCCCAGAACCUGCUGCUACUUGGACUGCGGGAGUGAGGAGCACAUUCACCGCAAAUGGACCCACUGGAGGACACCAUGUUUUUGGUUCUCAUCUCCAUCUGCCAGUGCCUACCAUUGCCAUUACUGCACCCGCUGCUGAAGGGAGUGGAGGAAGUGUGGGCCGCAAAUUUAGCUUUGGUCUGCGGAGAGUUUCGCAGACGAAUCUCCACCGCACCGAAUCGAUGGUGUCUCUUUGUUUCCGCUCUCUGGUGAAUUACAUCACAGAUGAUAACUUAGUUGGGCUCCAAAAUUUUCUUGAGAACAAAAGAGUUCAAGUCGAUGAUAGAGAUGAGAAUAACACUACUGCACUUAUAGUAGCUGCCUCUAAAGGAAAACUUUACUUUUUGAGAGAAUUAGUAAAACAUGGUGCUGAUGUCAAUGCAGAAGAUGCGGAUAACUGGUCAGCACUUCUGUGUGCAGCCAAAGAAGGAUAUGCAGACAUUUGUUUGGAACUUCUGGAACAUGGUGCUGAUAUUGAGCAUAGAGAUAUGGGUGGAUGGACAGCGCUUAUGUGGGCAACAUAUAAGGGCCGCUCAGAAGCAGCCAUAUUAUUGCUGGACCAUGGUGCUGAAGUGAAUGCUCAUGGCAACUAUCAUAUUUCAUCACUGCUUUGGGCUGCUGGAAGAGGCCAUGUAGAUAUUGCCAAGGAUCUUAUACGCCAUGGAGCCAAAGUUAACGUUGGUGACAAGUAUGGUACAACAGCUCUUGUGUGGGCUUGCCGAAAAGGGACUGUUGACAUCGUGGAUAGCUUGUUAAAAGCAGGAGCAAAUGUAGAUACAGCUGGAAUGUACUCCUGGACACCCCUGUUGGUAGCAACUUUAGGGAAUCAUGUGGAUGUGGUGAACCGUUUGCUGGAACAUAAACCUAAUGUGAAUGCCUUGGACAAGGAUGGCUGCACAGCACUAACUCUAGCCUGCAAGGAAGGAUUCCAUGAAAUUGCUGUAGCUUUGCUCAAUGUGGGAGCAUAUAUAAACAUACAGGAUCGUGCAGGAGAUACGAACCUUAUACAUGCAGUUAAAGGAGGCCAUAGAGGGGUAGUUGAAGCCUUACUCAAGAAGUAUGCAGAUGUUGACAUUCCUGGGAAAGAUAGGAAAACAGCAGUGUACUGGGCUGUAGAAAAGGGAAAUGUUGCCAUGGUGAAGCUUCUGUUAAGUGCCAAUCCAGAUCUAGAAAUUUCAACAAAGGAUGGAGACACUCCACUUUUGAGAGCAGUGAGAAUCAGAAAUAUUGAAAUUGUGCAACUUCUUCUUGACAAAAAGGCAAAAGUUUCAGCAAAUGAUAAGAAAGGAGACACUGCUCUUCAUAUAGCAAUGAGAGCCAGAUCAAAGGGUAUAGUGGAAGUACUUUUAAGGAACCCUAAAAAUAGCCAACUGUUAUAUCGGCCAAAUAGGUCGGGAGAGACACCAUAUAACAUUGACAUGAAUCAUCAGAAAACUAUUUUGGGUCAGAUAUUUGGAGCAAGGCGAUUAAACACAAAUGAAGACAAUGAGAACAUGUUAGGAUAUGAUUUGUACAGUAGUGCUUUGGCAGAUAUCCUUAGUGAACCAUCACUCUCAAUGCCUAUAACAGUUGGACUGUAUGCCAAAUGGGGUAGUGGCAAGUCCUUCCUUUUGAACAAACUGAGAGAGGAAAUGAAGAACUUUGCCCGUCAGUGGGUAGACCCAGUAUUCCAGUUUUCAUCCCUUUUAUUAUUAGUUAUUGUACACACUGCCUUGCUUGCUGGUAUGGUAAUUGGUUUGGCAGUCAGGUCAUGGAUAAUUGGUGUGUGCUCAGGUGGUGGAUUGGUUCUUCUUUGUUACACAUUCCUAAUACUUGUUUGGUAUGGCAGUCAAAGGUAUGACUGGUACUGGCCAUACAGCUUCCAUGUAUAUGUUACUCGUAAACUGAAUUCACUGAAGCUCAUUCUGCAAGUGAUGUUCUGUCAUCCACCAGGAGCUCGCUGGAAUGAUGGUCUUACAGCACAACCUGUUAGGUUCUACUUCACUGAUCAGACACGAGUGAGUAGCACAACAGGAGGAGAGAAUUCUGUGGUGCAGAUGCUGGGGUCGCUUUAUGACUCUAUUGAGAAUGACUAUGGUGCAUUUCCAACACGACUGUAUAGAGCAUUCAGGCCGAAAUCAGUAAAAUCUACAUCAUCUUGGAGAUGGCGACGGCUGUGCUGUUUACCUUAUGUGGUCAUAUUCGAGAUAGGCUUCUUAAGUUUUCUUGCUGGAAUCUCCGUCCUAACAUUGUACCUUCUAACAUAUGAGACUGACCCAACUUCUGAGACUGCUAUACUUGAACGUACAACUGCUCAGGUGAUCCUCAUUACAAUUGGGUUGCUGCUUUGUGUGGGCAUUGUAGCUAACCUUUAUACGUGGGCACAAAUGCUUCAGGCUUUAGUGUUCUCGCAGAGACGUCACCUACAGCGAGCUAUAGCACACCUUGAUACUCUAAAAUCAGAGGGCUUCCUUCAAGCACUACGUUCAGAGGUCAACCUUAUGACUGAAAUGGUGAAGUGUUUGGACAGUUUCACCUCACAGCAAACCAGAUUAGUUGUCAUAGUUGAUGGACUGGAUAGCUGUGAGCAGGAUAAAGUGCUGCUUGUGUUGGAUGCUGUUCAUAUGUUGUUUUCUGAUACAACUUCUCCUUUCAUUAUCAUACUUGCCAUAGAUCCGCACGUUAUAUCAAAGGCUGUGGAAGUAAACAGUCGGCGUUUGUUUAGUGAGUCCAAUAUUGGUGGUCAUGAUUAUCUACGCAAUAUGGUGCACCUGCCAUUCUAUCUGCAAAACUCUGGCUUGCGUAAAGUGAAAGUUGCACAACAGACUGCUCAGCAUCACAGGAAGAGUAAUACAGCUGCUGCUGCCACCUGGAAUGAGAAUGAAGAGAGUGUCAGUUUAGCUGCAACAAGUGCCCUUUCUACGGUCUCAGGUCGGAGAAUGUCUUCAGAAUCAGGUCUGAGUAGUUCAGAAAAACUAAAGCCAACAUCUCGGAAAGGUUCUCGAAAAUUAAAACUGAGUGAGAGCAUUGCUAGCAGCUUGGGUAGUAAUUUGAACCGUGUGGGUGGAGCCCAUGAUCUCACCAAGAUGUUGUUAACAGAUGACUACUUUAGUGAUGUGAAUCCACGUAGCAUGAGAAGACUCAUGAAUGUUGUGUAUAUAACAGGCCGUUUACUGAAAGCAUUUCAGAUUGAUUUCAAUUGGUAUCAUUUAGCAAGUUGGGUGAACAUUACUGAACAGUGGCCAUUUAGAACAUCAUGGAUCAUUCUUUAUUAUGAUAUGUAUGAGGAUACAUUUGAUGACAAUACCUCACUGAAAUCUAUGUACGACAAAGUUCGUCCCCAGAUUCCAGUACUAAAAGAUGUGGAACCUUUGCUGGAACUUGACAGAGAUGAACGAAAAUUCGAUGUUUUCCUGACAUUCCAUCGGAAUAGUUUGUUAGUUAGUGACCUGAAGAUUUUCCUACCAUUUACCAUCAAUCUGGAUCCAUAUAUAAAGAAAGUUAUCAAAGAAGAACAGCAGAGUUUGGAUGAGGCUGGAGGUGUUAUAAUCAGCUCUCAGUUCACAGCCUCACCUCCUCCUGCUCCUGCAUUGGUUCCACCUCCAGCUCAGACAUGGGGAACAUCAAAUUCCUCAGGUCCUUGGUCUGGUCACAAAUCUUCACUUAUAAGGAGACAGAGGCCUCUAAUCAGGAGCUCAUCUGUACAAGGACCGAAUAUGCUUUAUCCACAAAAUUCAGUGGUGGGUUGGCCUCAAGCCUGGAUGAGUAUGCAAGAUCCACUGGGAGCCCUCACCAGGCAGUCAUCAACCAGCUAUCCUCCUCUGUCUGCUGUCACCUCUUUACCACCUGAUAUUCUGGAAACAAAAUUGUCCAGCCUCAAUGUGGAUGGUGUCUGUGAGCUUCUUACAAAAAUUGAUGAUAUGAGUUCGUCCUUCUUGCCAAGCUACACAAGUGUUAUACGAGAAAACAACAUCAAUGGUCGAGUAUUACUACAUUGUGACUUGGAUGAACUUAAGAGAGUUCUGCAAAUGAACUUUGGUGACUGGGAGUUAUUCCGCAUGCUGAUCGUGUCUCUGAGGGAGCAGGAACUUGCUGUGAUCACCCACCAGGAGGAAUUAAGUUCAAAAAAUGUCCGAUUUGCUGACCCAUCUCUUCGAAUGACAUCACAAGCACCAGAGAGGAAGGGUAUGACUCCAAAAACCAGUGGACAGCAUGAAAAAGAAAAGUCAUCUCGUGGUGAUGCUAGAUCUACCAACAAGCAAACAGUAAUGGAGAAGCAGUACCAGGUGACACUUGAAGAGCAGAUGAUCUGUGGUGCCCUGCAGACGCUCAAUGAAGAAGCUUGUGAAGAUGUCAUGGAGGAAACUGAGGAAGAAGCAGAAGCACCAUGUAAGGUUACAAGCUUAGGCCCAUCAUCUGAGUUAGAUCUCCUGAGAAGCAGUCGUGUCCGAACAACCAGCCAGAGCAGUAGUGUAGUUGAUACAUUGGGUGAAACAGAAGUAGUCGUUCUCCAGUCAUCUCCUCUUCAUCAUCCAUACUGGCAACCAGUGACUGUUAGCAUUGGCAAUGGCAGUAAUGAUUCUAAUAUGGACUUUGGCCCAAGUGCUGGUAGUUCUACUAAUGCAACACCCAUCCAGCAACGUAAGCAGCGAAUGACAGAACAGGGCAUGAGUGGAAAGCCUCCCUUACCACAAACUAAACUGGAAUCAGCCUCAGGUCCAAAUAGAGGUUCUUUGCAUAGUCUUCUUCAGCGCACAGGCUCAACACGGAGCAUCACCAGCUGUCAAAGUAUAGGUUGUAGCAGUACAGUACCCAAACCUAGACAGCAUGAGAGACCAUCAUCUUUAUUGGUGCUUGGUGAUGACCUGAAUAUGGAAAAUAUAACACCCCCAGCCUCUCCAAAGCAUCAUGUUGCAUUUCGUUCUCGAUCUGCAGAUGAUGGACGUAACAAUAGCAAACCUGCACCUGCUGGAUCCACAUCUGUCAUAGCAAAUCUUACCUCUUCUUUACGUAAUAAAAUAUCCAAUGGUUCAUUCAGUGAAGGAGCUGUAGGAAACACAUCUGUAUCUCCAACCUUCCCUAUAACUCCAACUUCGAGCAUGGAAAAAUUGAAUAGAUUAAAGGAUCGGAUCAUGCGUACAGUCACAGCUCCUGCUGGAAACAUUUCCAGUAGUUCAGGAGGAGUAGUUUGUGCAGCAGGGCAUGUAGACAUAGAUAGCGAUGAUGAAAGUACGCCUCUUGUAUCAGAGAUUUCCACUCCUGCUGCCAGUAGUGGAUUGAAUGCAUUGGCAUCUGAAUUCCUGAAUCGUGGUUUUGUCAUAGUGGGUGGAUACAGUAGUCAUUCUGGCAGCAGUGAAGACUCACCAUCAUCAGUUAAAACAACACCCUUAUCUCCCCCCAAAGUGAUGCUACAACAACAGCAGGAACAAGAUAUUAUGGAUCAGCUCCCAGCUGAGGCUGAUAAAGGUAAUCUUGAUCCCAUUAUGGACAGUCCUGUGGAAGAUGAUAACAUGGCAGUGGUUGAAAACUAUGUCUCCUCUUCCUGUGGUUCUUCUGUAUCCUUAAGUCAAGUGUUAGAACCAACAAGCAGUUACUACCACUUAGUGGCAGUGAGUGAUAGUGUAAGUAGUAUAGAUACUAAUGUGGAAGUUGGUGCACAGUUUAGUUCUCAUGAACAACUAAGUGACAGUGACUUGAGACUUAACAGCAGUAAAAUGAUGCCACCUUCGACAAGUCAUUUGUUGAGACAAGAUGCUCUGGACCAGUCAGGAACAGGUAGCCAGAGUGACAGCAAGGACCAUCUAGAUGAGUGGAGUAAUCCAGAAACCACAGUAUGAUUCAUUAUCACAUCACUUCCUGUGAUGCAGUUCAGCAGCAUCUUCAUAAUCAUGUAGAGUCCUGUCCAGUGCACUUUAAAAUCUGGCCCCAGCAGCUGUAGCAAACAACUGUGUGUGUUUGUUGUCCAUUACAAAUCUGCACAGCAUUCAAGCUCCCUGCAAGUCUUAAUAUACUACACUGUAGUAAUAUACAUAAGAUUGAGGGCAUUAACAUAGAACCAGAAAGAGAAAAUGCUGUUGGUUUUAGAAAACAUGUUACAGUAACUUACAGUUGUGUAAAAUUGGCUAAAAUGUGUAUGUGCAAGAUGAGUACUGAUAAUCAGUGACUGGCUUGUGAUUAAAUAAUGCACUACAAACAUUCAUGUAGUUACAAAAAUACUGUACCAGGUAAAAUCAUGUUUAAAUCAACAAAAUGUUUUUGUAUGAUUAUAGAAUUUAUAUUCAUAUGCCAGUAUUUAUAUUGCCUGGACAUUUAAUCUAGAUUAAUGAAGUGUAGUGAAAGACAGUUAACAAAAGUCAUAUGUCAUAUAUAUUUGUUGUUAAUUUUAUUGCUUAUUACAUACAUACCUAAAGAGGUACUUCCAGGAAGCUGCAAUUUUAUGUACUCUGUCUUACAAGUAUGUAUGGUUAUAUCAAUUGCAACAAAUAAUGAAUGACAGUGUUGUUCAUUUGUAAUUGAAAGUUUUUUUCUAUUUAGGUUGUGUUAAAAAUAUUGAAUACUCUCUGCAUUAUAGGUAUAUGAAUGAAACAAAAUCUGUAAAAAAAAAUGUGAAUAUUUAUAUAGUAGCUUGAUCUCCAUGCAGAAUCUAUACUAUGUUGAGGAAGUGCCAAGACUGCUGCUGAAGUAGUUCAGAUCGAAAUCCUGAUCCAUUACCUCCAAUAAUAAACUUGGCUCAAAUCUGUGGUCCAUUUUGAUGGUGUAUAGGUACCAAAUUGAUGCAAUAUACGAUGGGGUCCCCAAAAGAAACCGAAUUAUUUUUUUGUGGGCAAAGCUUUUGUAGUACCGCGUUUUGCCCCUAUGAGCGCAUAG